AUGGCUACUACACAGCCAAGCGGCAUUGUUUCCAAACCCUCAACAACACCAUACGCCCAUCUCACCCAAACACCCCACAAAAACCAAGCACUCAACCCCAUCGCGACCCAAGAGCCACGUAUCCACAGCAUCUACGAACCAAAAACAGGCACAUGGCAAUACAUCGUCGCAGACCCCUCAACAAAACGCGCUAUCAUCAUCGACUCCGUCCUCGACUACGACCCCACCACCCAAAAAAUCAGCACCACAACCGCCGACGCCCUCCUAUCCCUCAUCUCAAAAAACGCCUACCACAUCGACAAGAUCCUAGAAACACACGCGCACGCCGAUCAUCUAACAGCAGCAUCGUAUCUUCAACACCGCCUCUCCCAACAGCAACAGGGUUCCAAACCACGCAUUGGAAUCGGCAAACGCAUUAAACAGGUGCAAGAGCUUUUUGCGCAGAAAUACGGUAUUCCACCGGAGGAGUACGAAGGCGUGUUUGAUCAACUCUUCGACGACGACGAAACUUUUCAGGUUGGCGAGUUGGACGUGAGAGUUAUACAUCUUCCGGGUCAUACGCCUGAUCAUGUAGGGUAUCAAAUCGGCGCCAACAUCUUCUCCGGCGACUCCCUCCUCCACCCCUCCCUCGGCACCGCCCGCUGCGACUUCCCCGGCGGCUCCGCGCCCUCGCUCUACCUCUCCGCGCGCAAACUGCUCUCCCUCCCCUCGCACGUCAAAAUCUGGACCGGACAUGAUUACCCCGCGGCGUCUCGCGAAGCAGUGCCGUGGAUGACGGUGCAAGAUCAUAAAGAGAGGAAUAGGCAUGUUAAGCAAGGGGUUGAAGAGGAGGAGUUUAUCAGGUUGAGACAAGAGCGGGAUGCGGGGUUGGAGGCGCCGGGGUUAUUGGAUCCGGCGUUGCAGGUUAAUGUGAGGGGGGGGAGGUUGCCGGGAGUGAGGGGUGGGAGUGAGGGGUGGUGGGGUGGUGAUGAGUGA